UGUUGUAUCUUCAAUAAUAUUAAUUCUCACAAAAACCAGAGUGUUUUAUAUAUAUAUAUAUAGAGAGAGAUAUAUAUAUAUAAUUAGUGAUUGUUAAUUAAAUAUAUCAAUGGCAACCACUGGGCAAGAAGAACAAGGUUUGGAAUAUGAAGACCUUUUGCCAGCAAUGGCAGAGAAGAUGGAGGCAGAAGAGUUCAUCUCUGAGCUGUGUGGAGGGUUUCGGUUGCUCGCAGACCCGGUACGGGGACUUAUAACGCCGGAGAGUCUCAGGAGGAAUGCGGCAUUGCUCGGAGUUAUUGGAGAGAUGAGCAUUGGUGAUGCAGAGGCAAUGGUUCAUGAGGGAGAUUUGGAUGGAGAUGGAGCUCUUAAUGAGACUGAGUUUUGUGUGCUUAUGGUUAGGUUGAGUCCUAGCAUGAUGGGCAAUGCUGAGGCUUGGCUUGAUAAGGCUAUUGCCAGAGAACUUGCUGCCAAUACUAAGCCUUCUGCUUGAUUUGCUUUGCCUUCCUUGGUUUUGCAUGCAUGGAUUCAUUCAUGGGACUUUUUUUCUUUUU